UGCACAUCAGCAUCAGUCUGAAGACAGCGAGUCUCACGUGCACGUCUUACAGCGGAGCAGCUUCGCGAGGGACUUUCUUAACCGGACAGAUUGUCAAAUACGUGGCUAUCUGUGGCAAGUAGUUUACAUGGCCAUCAUCUAUAAUGUUACAAUCGUCCAUGUUUGAUAAUGUGUGCUACUUGCUACAUUUCCCGUUAAACGCCUGUUUGUAUGCAAUGCUUGUCAUGUCUCUCGAGAAUGUACUUAGUGUCUCAUACAUUGGUGUCUGUUUGCCUGUGGUAUCAGGUCUCUGUCCCGUCUCUGUCGUUGCCAAAACCUUGAAAACGAUAGUUUGGUGCAACGGAGGUUUGACACUUCAGUAUUUUCCUGUUAUUAACUGCCGUUCAAUAGGAUCAAAGUAUAAUUUUAUGGGCAAACAUAGCAAAGAUCAAUGCAGAAAAAAAAUUGUGUCAUGCAUUUAGCAAAUAUGACAUUUCAGAAAACAAGAAUCAGAUAUGUGUUUGAAGAUUUUUAAAAGAUUCUACAUUUAAGAAAAUUUGCAAAAAUUUUCUGACCAAAUGUGUUUUAUUUGGGCAGGGACAAUGACAAGGGUUCGAUCCAGUCAAAAAAUGGCUGCUAUGUUUCCAAACAUCCGAAGAAUAUUGAUCAGAGCGACGCUGUUUGGGGUAAUUUUUUUGGCAGCUGCGCAGUUUUUGAUUCACCAGAAAAAUUUUCGAUCGAGUCUAAAGAACUGUGAGGAAAGCUUAAAAGAAAUCACUAGAUUAAAGAGCGAAAGUGAGAUAUUUCAUCGUAAUAAAAAUAAAGUUGAAGCCGCUUUCCCUCAGAAACCCCUGCAGACUUCCCCCAAGGAUCAAAAGAAGCCGCCUAUGCCUCUCUACCGGGAUCUCUUCGUCCAAGACACCUGGCCAGGUGUGGAUCUAAGCCUCGGUCUCACUCUAGGAGGCCUGCCUCGGACAGUGUACUAUCUGUGGUGCGGUGAGAAGCAGUUCCUCUUUCGACACUACCUUGUUCUCCUCUCCUCCAUCAGGAUUCUUCGAGCCUCAAAGAUAAUCUUUGUGCACGACCAUCUGCCGCAGAGCGACGGCAACCUCUACAACAUCUGGUUUGACGAGUUCAAAUACUCAGUCCCCAAUUUCCAGCUGUUUCAAGUCUCUGGUACUUGUGGGAGAAAAGACUCGCUGAAGGCUGUGUUGGAGCUCUUGCCGACAGAAGGAGGAAUUGUUCUGGGCGAAAAUGCCCUUAUUCCUCGUCUGCCUACAGGAAUAGAACACAUGCCGUUAUGGUUGGCCUUGUCUGGCGAGGACGUUAGUCGUGGAGUGCUGAUCGCGCAGCGUGGCUUCAACAACACAAAGUCCGAUGACUAUCUCUGUGACGUCAAGACAGAUAAAGCCUCUUGCGUCACAGCGGAGCAGUACACGGCGCCUGUUGACGACAUUCAUUGCAUCAUAGUCGACAGUGACGUACAUCCCCGUGACGUGUGGCAAGGGCAGACGCCGUUCGCGGAGCUGGCUCGCUGGCUGUAUUACGGCAGGCGCUCCCCGAUACUUGCCCUUCCUGACCCCAGCCGACCCAUCCCGCGUAUCGCGCACUACGUGUGGCUGAAGGCUGACCCCUCAGCCGGUGACCUGGACUUGCCCUUCUCAAAGUUCCUGAGCAUGAUCAGCGCCCUCUACGUCGGGGGCUUUCAACACGUGUAUGUCCAUGGCAACGUGGAACCUGAAGGCGAAUGGUGGCGACAGCUACGCUCGGAGAAUGUCACCUUCGUCAGAACUGAGAGGCCGAGUUCCAUGUUCAGAUGGACUUUCCUAUUCUUCCAGCCAACAGCGACCUCCUCAGGGCCAUCCUUCUCUUGAAUUACGGUGGAGCCUACAUGGACACUGACGCCGUGUGGACGAGUCGGGUGCCGGACUGGCUGCUACAGUACCCGGUCGUGGCCACGUUCGACUGGCCAGCCUAUAACUCCUGGCCUGACUCCUUCAACCUGGGUGUCAUAAUGGCCCGACCUCAGGCUCCCUGGUUACGUCAUUGGCUGAGCGCGUUUCGUCACUACCGGUUGUCACAUACAGCUUUCACGGCCAUCCAGUUGCCAUACCGGGUGUAUGAACACUACCCUGACGAGAUGUACGUCUAUACGCGCUUACAGGUGAUAUGCUUCUUUGGCAUAUGCCACCCGACGUGGGAGAAAGACUUCCGACGUGUCAUGCGCGACAGAAAAUCGACGCUGCCGUUCAACGUCACAGAUGUACACGCCGUGCACGUGACCGCUCCAAAGCCGGCUGUGUCAUGGGAGACGCCAACGGAAUUAAAAGAAGGGACUGACUUCAUUGCGGAGGUCGGCCGCCAUGUCCUCAAGCAAUGUGGUAGGAUGGACCUGUUGUCAUAACACACUGACUUGUUUCAAUCGAAAUCUGCCACAUCAUCCUAAAAGAAGAAAGCACGUGUAACAAUGACAGACAUUCUUUGUAGCGUUCGUGGCGAGACCUAGGUUGUGUAACUGUCCUUGAACUGCUUCUCUCAAUGGUACAUUAAUGUAAAUGCUUAACCUGCAGUAGAAUGCCAUGUUUCAAUAAUUUUAAAUUUAAUAGUUUGAUUUUUUAGAACUUACAAGACGAAGGACUUACUGUAGGUUAGUAUACUGUUUGAGUGUGGUUUUUUUAAUGUGCUCAUCAUCUCAGUAUGAAUAAAUUUACUGACAUUUCGAAAAAGCUUGAUACACUUAUUUCUUUAUAUCUGUUUAUAUAUAUUUCAAUUUAAAUGAAACAGAAUGGCAGAUCUGUCACAUCUUUUUUUCUUCUUCAGAAUUAUAAUAAAUAAGCUUUAAUUUCAAUUCAAUUUGUAUUUUCUUCCAAUAUUCUUUCUCUCACUGAUGUGGUUUUGUUUCAUUCUUUCAUAUAUUGUCUGUCCUCUUAUUAACAUGAACAGAACUUCUAUGAGUGUUUGAUCUCACACACUAAACUGUAUUUUAUUACAAAGUAUUUGAUUUAACUUUUCAUUUAUGUAUAUUUGAAUCGCAUAUUGUGCAAUAGUUUCCUCUACGAUUUUAUUUACUUCAUUGACAUAAAUCACUAAGCGAAGAACAGUUAAAUUUCCAAAAAGUUCUACUUUAAUUCGUAUUGGUUAGCUUUAGGUUAGUUACAAUUACUUUACUUGAGGCUUAAUUUGUCUACAAGAGAUUAAGUAAAAGGUUUUUAUUCAAAUUGAAAUUCUCAUGUCAAUAAUAAAAUCAUGAAUCUGCUUUAAAGAAAAAGUGUAUCACCAGUUGAAAUGGACAGUUGUAGAUGAAAUGUUGAAAUGUUUUUCUUUGCAGGAUGCUCUGCAAAUUUAUUGUUCUAAUUACUGUUCAUGGUGUUCACCAAUUGAAUAAUCAGCAAUGCUCUGCUUAACUUUCAAGAGUGUGGAGUUGGCCACACAUUUGCUACAAUGUUGGACUUUAUUUCAAAAUAAAACU